AUGUCGGUGCGCCUUCGAACUCUCCAACCAGUAGUUCUUCCAACUGGGCGGUUAGCUAGUUCGAAGCGCGUGAGCCAGGAAACUAACCGUGGCGAUUUCCAAUCCGAAAUAAGCCCCUUCGGUAUAUCACCACCCACGUACGCCCUGGACACAGUAGCCCUCCGAACCCUCCACCUGACGCAUCCUACAAGCAAUUCGAGCUUUCGUGCGUUGCAAGUUCCAUAG